AUAAUAGUGUAGAUCAAUUUCUGCAACUUACAAAUGUCAAUUUUAUUGUCAGUAAUCAGUUUGCUGAUUAUAUUAAUAAUAUAAACGGGGUUUACAGUCCAUUAAAUAUAUAUAAUAUUAUUAAAAGUAAUAUAAAUUAUCUUUUCUUCAAAACUAAAAAUAAAAUGGGUUUCAUAUUCGAAAAUUACAAAUUUAGAGAAAAUAGCAGAAGGUGGAUAUGGAAAAAUCUAUAAAGCGUCAAUCCGUGGAAAGAUUAUUGCUAUAAAAGAAUUUUCAAAUUCUCAAGAUCCCAGUAAAUAUUUUUUAAACGAGAUCAAAUCACUUUAUCAAUGUUAUGAUGAUAAAUUUGAAUAUAUUAUUAAAUGUCAUGGUAUUUCAAAAAAUCCUAUUACAGAAGAAUUUAUGUUUUUAAUGAAAUAUGCAAAUGGAGGAAAUUUACAUAAUUAUUUACAAGAGAAUUUUACAGAGAUUACAUGGAAGAAAAAAUUAUGUAUUUUAUGGAGAAUUUCAGAUGGGCUUCAAACUAUUCAUGAAAAAGAUUUUAUACAUCGAGAUUUUCAUAGUGGAAAUAUAUUGGUUGAAAUAAUUGAAAAUGAAUUAUGUAAAAUUGAUCAAUAUUUAAUUGGAGAUUUAGGAUUAUCACAACCUGCAAAUAAUACUUUAUCACGAAAUGAAAUAUAUGGAGUUAUACCAUAUGUUGCUCCAGAGGUUUUCAAGGGAGAUGCAUUUUCGAAAGCAACAGAUAUUUAUAGUAUGAGUAUGAUUAUGUGGGAAUUAACAACUGGCUGUAAGCCUUUUGCCAAUGUUGAACAUGAUACUGAUUUAAUAUAUGAAAUUAUUGAUGGAAAAAGACCUGAAAUUACAAAUGAUACUCCUGAAGAUUUUGCGAAUUUAAUAAAAAAAUGUUGGAAUUCUGAUCCUAAAAAGAGACCUUCAGCAAAAAAACUUUGUGAAAGUCUUAACCUUUGGGCUAAUAUGGGAAAAGAUGCCAAUCAGUUUAAUCAAGCUGAAGAAAUACGAUUACAAUUAAUACAAUCUAAGUUGCUUGGUCAAGAAUUUAGUGAAAAAGCUCAUUCAAAAGCAAUUUAUACAAGUAGAUCAUUAAGUUCUUUUAUUUCCAAAUCUUCAUCUAAUUCAUUGAUGAAUUCAUUGAGGCAAAAUUAUGUAACAAAAGAAUUUGAGUUUGAUAUAAAUGAUAUUCAGAGGCCAAGUAGAGACACUAUAAUUCAAAAUUCUAACACUCAGCAUGCAAUUUAUACCAGCAGACCAUUAAGCGAAUUAAUUUCAAAAGUAAAUCCUUCAGGAAAACGGAAUUUUGAAGAUGAAACUCAUGUUAAUAGAAAGCAUACUAAAAUUAGUAACGAAAUUAAUACGGAAUUUCAAGAAUAGUAAAUUUCAGUUCAUUUAGUAUAAUCACUUUCAUUUGUUCAUUAUUUAGGUUAUUGAAUGUAUUGAAUCUAUUUAAUUGAAUUUCUUUGUAUUUAUUCGUUCAAAAAGGAUUAGGGUUAUUAACUUCAGUUACCUUCGGUAGGUAGUAAGUAAGUAACGGAAAUUGGCUAAGUGAGUAACGUAAAGUUACUAAUUUAGGUUAAUUUACGUUACUCCCCUUAAUUAAGGCACGGAACGUAAGAUAAAAUUUUUUUACCUUACGUUACUCACCUGUCUCACCAUAUCUAGCACCACGUGAUUUAUAUUAUCAAUUUUUGCAUAUUUAUCUUGGUAAAAAAUUUAUUUUAAAAAAGAAUUUUUCAUACUAUUAGAGUUGAUUUUCU